AUGGCUCCUCCAACAGCCGCAAAACGACCGCAUGCCGCGAUGAGCAAAAGCAACCAGCCCAUCGCUGAACAAUCGCAACAAUGGCCCGAAACAUCCUUUCCGAACUUUGACUGUUCAAAAUAUGAUUACAUGCCGACCGACGACGGCGGCUUCUGGAAGCUACAGCAAAAUUAUGCCGCAGAAUCGCUUCCGGAUGUGGUACCUCGCUCUGUCACAAGCAAGUCGCCCGUGCAGACGGUACAGGACAUCGAAUGGACCUGCCUAUCAGCUAGAUGCCCUUCGAAGCCCUUUAAGCGCAAGGCCGACCUUGACCGUCACUACAAACAAGCUCACACCGAUAGCCAGGCCCAACCUUCGCCCGCCUUGUCUCUCAAGGAUAUCACCCCCGCGACAAGCAUCAGCAAUCCUAGCCCCAAGAUCAGCACCAAGAUCAACACCAAGGGUAAAAUCACGAACGCCAACGCAAAAGGCGCAGGUAGUCGCAAUAACAGUGUGGCUGGCGCCGUAACAACUAAGGAAAAGGAUGGAGAAUUCAAUUGCGACUAUCCGGCCUGCCAUCGCUACGACGACGGGUUCAGUCGCAAGGACCGUUUACGAAUUCACUUCGUAGACGUCCACAAGGAAGACGUCAACAAGAAGGGCGGAGAGAUCACGGAUGAGUGGCUACUCACGCGCAUAAUCGAGCCCAGUUGGUGGCGCUGCACAAAGUGCCUUGUGAGAGUCAACGCGACAAGCCAAUGGGAAUGCCCUCGAGAUGGAACCAAAUGCGAAGACAAGCGCCGCGAGUUCCGUGAGAACAUGGAUCCCGAGAUCUGUGAGAACAUAAAACCCGAGUGA